AUGGGCUUCGUCGUUCUCUCGAUCCAGAACUCCACAAUCAAUACUCCACUACAUCUCGAUUCAAUCGAGUUACCUCCGACGCUAACUGACCUGGAUCUCACGGUGAACCGUUUAUCGGAACUGGACUCGAGGAUCGCUCACCUCUCUAUGCUCAAGAAGCUUUCUCUUCGCCAAAACCUAAUCGAAGACUCCGCCGUCGAGCCUCUCUCUCGCUGGGACGCCUUGUCCGAUAUCGAGGAGCUGAUUCUCAGAGAUAACAAGCUAGCGGAAGUACCAGAUAUAAGCAUAUUCUCAAGGCUUUUGGUCUUUGACGUAUCUUUCAAUGAAAUCACUUCGUUGGAAGGAUUAUCAAAGGCCUCUAGCACGUUGAAGGAGCUCUAUGUGUCUAAGAAUGAAGUUAACAAGAUUAUGGAGACUGAACACUUGCACGACUUGCAGAUUCUUGAGCUAGGGUCCAAUAGAUUGUGGGUUUGGAUUUGUCGUGAUUACUUUACAAUGUUUUAG